AUGGACCUAGCUCCAGACGCGCCAGAGUUCACUGGCCAGUUUGAUGUUGGUCCGUCGCCAAUCGAAUACCUUGUACCGUUCGUGACACCGCCGAGUGCUGCGAACAAUCCAAAUAUUUGGAAAUCAAGCCAGCCGCCGGGAGCGGUAUUCAUCUUCGUGGGCGCAGUGGCCGCCGGGGUAUUUCUCAUUCUAAUCAUAUGGUAUCUUGUCACGGAGCACAUAUCGCGCAGAGAAACGCGCAAAUCACAGUACGAGGGCAUUGAAGAGCUUUUCAAAGACGAUUAUACGAGUGCCAAGGAUACUUUUACCGUUGGGCUGGAUAUGGCCAGUGACCCAGCGCCGCCGUACGCGGAAGUCAAACCCAAGCAUGUGGUAGAUUCCAUAGCUGCGCCGCCGUCACUCUUUGGCUUCAAUGCUCUCAACUCGCCGGCAGAUCGGUAUCCGGCCCAGGAUGAGGAGCGGCGCUUAGAGGACCUUCGCCGGUCAAUGUAUAUUUCUCCGACGGUUGAAGUAAUGAACCUGCGCCGGCACAGAAAGGCAGGCUACGAGAUUCCGGGCUCUUCCUUUGACGCCCAGUCUAUGCGUACGUUCGACAUGUUUACCCCAGCAUUAUCUGCCGCCGAGCGUCGGCGCAGCAGAAAGUUCAACAGGAACAGGUACCCGAUGAACUCGGUCGCGGGGUCGAUACUAGAGCCCAUCGAUGGCGUGUAG